CUUAAGUAGGAAAACGAAUUGCCAAUGCCGUAUGCAGUAGGUCUUAGUCCACCUGCUCUCCAUUUCUAUUUAUCGCGCCUCCUCCUCCUCCUCCUACGCCGCCGCCUCCUCUCUCCCUCUCCUACGAUUCGCAGGUAGAGGAUCCAAGGGUAUUUUUUUCUUCUCAGGAGAGAUGGCUGGUUCUUUGUUUCAAUCAGCAAUUCUUCCUGCUGUUGCAGUGAACAAGGGUCAAACUCAGCUUCUAGGCUCUGGAAAUGCUAAAAGGAGUGUCCAAAUGAUGUGUUAUCAGAGAAGACCUGUACUUCAAUUGCAAGGCUUUGCAGGCUUGAGAAGAAUAGAUACCCUUGGCUCCUCGUCAAGAUAUAAACAUGAUUUCUGUUCGAUGGUUUCAAGAUAUAUAUCUUAUCCCCAGAGGAAAGCCAGUGGAGGAGCUGCUAAGGCUAUGUUUGAGCGUUUUACAGAGAAGGCAAUUAAAGUAAUAAUGCUUGCUCAAGAAGAGGCAAGACGGUUAGGCCACAAUUUUGUUGGGACAGAACAAAUAUUGUUGGGCCUUAUUGGUGAAGGGACAGGAAUUGCUGCAAAAGUUUUAAAAUCAAUGGGAAUUAAUCUUAAAGAUGCCAGGGUGGAAGUGGAAAAGAUUAUUGGAAGAGGAAGUGGCUUUGUUGCUGUUGAGAUACCUUUUACACCUCGUGCAAAACGUGUGUUAGAACUCUCUUUAGAGGAAGCCCGUCAACUUGGUCAUAACUAUAUUGGGUCUGAGCACCUGCUUCUUGGGCUCCUUCGUGAGGGUGAAGGUGUAGCUGCUCGUGUGCUUGAGAGUCUUGGAGCCGAUCCAAGUAACAUACGUACCCAGGUUAUUCGAAUGGUUGGAGAAAGCACUGAAGCUGUUGGUGCUGGGGUAGGUGGAGGAAGCAGUGGCAAUAAGAUGCCCACACUUGAGGAGUAUGGAACUAAUUUGACAAAGUUGGCAGAGGAGGGAAAGUUAGAUCCUGUUGUUGGGAGGAAAGAUCAAAUAGAGCGAGUCACACAAAUUCUGGGUAGGCGUACAAAGAAUAAUCCCUGCCUAAUUGGGGAGCCUGGUGUUGGAAAGACAGCCAUUGCAGAAGGACUUGCUCAGCGCAUUGCCAAUGGAGAUGUUCCAGAAACAAUUGAAGGAAAACAGGUGAUUACACUUGAUAUGGGGCUUCUUGUUGCUGGUACGAAAUAUCGUGGAGAAUUUGAAGAAAGGUUAAAGAAGUUGAUGGAAGAAAUUAAACAAAGUGAUGAAAUCAUACUAUUUAUCGAUGAGGUGCACACAUUAAUUGGAGCAGGAGCAGCAGAGGGUGCCAUAGAUGCUGCUAAUAUCUUAAAACCAGCUCUUGCAAGAGGUGAAUUGCAGUGCAUUGGAGCCACAACGCUUGAUGAAUACAGAAAACAUAUAGAGAAGGAUCCUGCUUUGGAAAGACGAUUUCAGCCUGUCAAAGUUCCAGAACCAACAGUGGAUGAAACAAUACAGAUACUUAGAGGACUUCGCGAAAGAUACGAGAUUCAUCACAAACUUCAUUAUUCUGAUGAGGCUUUAGUUGCUGCUGCUGAGUUGUCCCAUCAGUACAUUAGUGAUCGUUUCCUUCCUGAUAAAGCAAUCGACUUGAUUGAUGAAGCUGGAUCUCGUGUUAGGCUUUGCCAUGCACAGCUUCCAGAGGAGGCCAAGGAACUGGAUAAAGAACUUAGGCAGAUCACUAAAGAAAAGAAUGAAGCAGUCCGUGGCCAAGAUUUUGAAAAGGCAGGAGAACUGCGUGACAGAGAGAUGGAGUUGAAGGCCCAGAUUUCAGCUCUGAUUGACAAAGGCAAAGAAAUAAGCAAAGCAGAGAGUGAGGCUGGUGAUGCUGGUCCUAUUGUAACAGAAUCAGACAUCCAACACAUUGUGUCUUCAUGGACUGGAAUUCCUGUGGAGAAAGUCUCAAGUGAUGAGAGUGACCGCCUUCUCAAGAUGGAAGAAACUCUCCAUACACGUGUUAUUGGCCAGGAUGAGGCUGUCAAAGCCAUAAGCCGUGCCAUUCGUAGGGCUCGUGUGGGUCUUAAGAAUCCCAAUCGUCCAAUUGCCAGUUUCAUAUUUUCUGGUCCAACUGGUGUUGGUAAAUCAGAAUUGGCAAAGGCCCUAGCUUCUUAUUAUUUUGGAUCUGAGGAUGCCAUGAUCCGGCUUGACAUGAGUGAGUUCAUGGAGAGGCAUACUGUCUCAAAGCUCAUUGGCUCACCCCCUGGUUAUGUUGGUUACACUGAGGGUGGUCAGCUCACCGAAGCAGUUCGCCGUCGCCCCUACACUGUUGUCCUAUUUGAUGAGAUAGAAAAAGCUCACCCUGACGUCUUCAACAUGAUGCUCCAGAUUCUGGAAGAUGGGAGGUUGACAGACAGUAAAGGGCGGACGGUGGACUUUAAGAACACCCUCUUAAUUAUGACCUCCAAUAUUGGAAGCAGUGUGAUUGAGAAGGGAGGACGUAGGAUUGGAUUCGACCUUGACUAUGAUGAAAAGGACAGCAGUUACAGCCGAAUAAAAAGCCUUGUCACAGAAGAGUUAAAGCAAUACUUCCGCCCAGAAUUUCUCAAUCGGCUUGAUGAAAUGAUAGUCUUCAGACAGCUAACCAAACUGGAGGUCAAGGAGAUUGCUGAUAUAAUGCUCAAGGAAGUCUUCGACAGGCUGAAAGCCAAGGAUAUAGAACUACAAGUGACAGAGAGAUUCAAGGAAAGGGUGGUGGAUGAAGGUUACAACCCAAGUUACGGAGCUAGGCCGCUGAGAAGAGCUAUAAUGAGGCUCCUGGAGGAUAGCUUGGCUGAGAAAAUGCUGGGUGGGGAGAUCAAGGAGGGAGACUCAGCUAUUAUGGAUGUCGACUCUGAUGGCAAUGUGGCCGUCCUGAAUGGUGGGAGCGGCUUGCCUGAAUCAGUGCCCCCAUCUGUUCCUGUAUAGAUAUCUUGAGGCUGAAUUGCUUGUUUUGGGACCACACAAGUAGCUUCUACAUCUCAACUUAAUAAUAUUUAGUGUCUUAUCUUUGUUUACAAAAUUCAGGCCCACUCAUAUCCUUGGAUAUUUACAAGGAAAUCAAGUAGAUAUUUUUAAGUGGGUUUGGAAGAUAUGCGGACUGAGGCCAGACUUAGAUGAUUCUGUAGACAAAAUUGCUAGACAUUCUUUGUUGCUCUGGUACUUUUUACACUAUGGUUUUCUUGUCCGAGUCUACUUGCCCCAUAUGUAAACACAAAGUGUUCUAACCUGCCAGCAAAGGUGAUUUGACCGCCUAAAUGGAUUGUGUAAUGUGAGAUUAAGUUAUGUUUUCUUGGAUUAUCAAUUUAAGGUUCUAAUAUUCAAUGGAAUGUUUAUAUAUGUUUGUA